AUGGCACCUUCGGGACGGCGCGCCUCCAUGAGGAGUGUCCGCACCCUGCCCAUUGUGCACGAGGACGAUGACAUGGUUGUGGUGCCAACGCCCGAGUCAGCCGCCAUGUACCCAGUACGGCAAAACCGGCAUUCGGGAAUUGUCACGGCAUUGCCAACAUUGCAGGCCAGCGAUGGCGGCGAGGGUGCCGAAAGUGGCAGCGGAGGCAGUGCCGGCAGCGGUUCGGAUGAGGAGGCAGAUUCAUCACAAAGUCCCAGCCCCAGCCCCAGCCAGAGCCACAAUUCCAGUCCGAGUCGAAGCGUCAACCGCACUCCGAGAGCAUAUAGGGCCGGCAGCAUUGGCUCCUACCACAGCCAAGGCAGCCUUCGCAGCUACCAUUCACAACAUUCACAACAUUCACAACAGUCACAACAUUCGCAACAUUCGCAACGGCAACACCCAACCCUCCCCGUCGGACCUCUUUCACAGGCCUACCACGGCCCCAACUACCCAUACGUCAACCCGGCCUGCAGCGAAAGCAGCGAGGAGAGCGGCAUUACGGACCGCAAGCUGGAGGAGCAGAUGGCCGGGGCGGGCGGCGCAGGUGGACGCGGCCUGCCCAAGCGCGCACAAGACCGCCAGUGGUUUUCAAAGCGAGGCGGCUGGUGGCGGCUGAUCCUGACGCUGCUGCUGCUGGCCGUGAUUGCCGUCGGUCUCGGUGUCGGCCUCAAGUUUGGGCUCCAGCAGGCCAACAACAACAACAACAGCAGUGGCGGCGAUAGCAAGGGCGGCGACGGCGACGGCGCGGGCACAUCGACAUCACCACCGGCCACGCCGGCCACGCCGUCGGACCAGUUCCCUGCCGGGCGCUACUCGUUCACCGUGGCCCUUACCAAUGUCUCGACGGCGUGCACGACCAACGGGUUUGCCUUUGGCUGCGCGCCGUCGUCCAACAACGUCUUCUCGGCGUCCGGAUCGCCCGCCGCCCAGAACGCCUCGGCCGUCACCUUGGAAUGGAUCAUUGCCGGCACCACCGGCGGCAGCACCAGCAGCGCGUCCACCAUCACCACGUACACCAUCUCUUCGUCGUCUUCCUCCUCGUCCGCGUCACCCUCCUUCUCCAGCAUCUACAUGACCCUCCUCGACACAGGCCUACCCUCCGAGCGCCUCGUCUUCAACUUCUCCAUGGACCUCGCGUACGUACCCACGAGCGAUCUCGUGGAUCACCAGACCAGCGCCGCCACCUGCUAUUUCAACCAGACCAUCCUCCAAGCGACGCUCUGGACGCAGCGCCGUGCCACCUUCCCGCCCACCAUUGCAAACGUGCCGGCGCCGACCGAGGCCUCGACCUCUGCGUUUGUACCGUGGCCCUUUGCCGUCGAGAUCGCCCAGGUCCAACAAGCCGGCCCUGCGAUUCCGGACUGCGUCGACUACCACGGCAAUUCGCUGGGGGACUUCAGCGUCCCCGACGGUGGCGCGGCGGACGUGUGCGGCUGCUGGUACUCGAACAUGGUCGGUGGAGGAAGCACUAACGGGACGUCGACAAGGUAG